CGCGGUCCCAAUGCAACCGGCGCCUCCCUCUCCACAUGGAGGGCCAAGGCGGCCUCCUCCUCCCUGUGGUGCUCACUGACUAGCCUGCGACCUGCUGCUUGUCCCGCGGCGCAACCUUGUGGUUUGUGUUUAAGGCAGGACGCAGAUGGCUUGCCACACCCAAGGGUGCCUUCCCGCCUCCUGGUUUAGUUGCGCCACCGCGUUGGAACACAGACGCAAUUGAAAACAAACUGAUUAGACUUUGGGGAUGCCAAGAAACAAUGCUGUAGGGAGCCCCGUGGCACAGAAUGGAAAGCUGGAGUAUUGCAGGCAAAGCUCACAACUUCAGUUUGAUCCCAACCGAAGUGGGCUUCAAGUACCGUAGUUGGCUCAAGGCUGUCUCACCCUUCCAUCCUUCUGAGAGCUGACACCAACAGAGAAGCAAUCCCGAAGCCAGUGGUGCUUUUGGGGGGUUAUGCCUAGCAGUGUAAGUCAGCAUGUGUCUCGGGUAAGGAGUCUGUACCGGAUAAUUCUACGGUUGCACCGUGCGUUGCCCCUGGAACUGAAGACCUUGGGAGAUCAGUAUGUGAAGGAUGAAUUUAGAAGACACAAAUCUGUCGGCUCUGCAGAGGCCCAGUGCUUCUUGCAGGAAUGGGAGAACUAUGCAACGAUGCUUGGGCAGCAAACUAAUCAAAAUGAAGACAGCUCACCAAACAAGCCUCGCUUUGGAUCCCAUCUUCCAGAGGAGAAGCUUGAAGCGCUUCGAGAUGAGCAGCUUGGACAGCUACAGGAACUAAUGCAAGAAGCUACCAAACCCAAGAGACAGUUUAAUGUUUCGGAUGAUACAGAACACAAAAGCUAACGUAUUUCUUUGAAUGGACUUUUAAGUUAAAAUGCUGGUGCUUCCUUCUGCUCUAGUUUUGAAGAAAGCCUCGCUGUGGAAAAUAAAUUGAGUUGACGUA